CGGUGGGAGGGCAGGGUGAUCCCCAAGUUUUCCUCCAGAAAUUCCGCGAUCUAUACAACCAGUUUACUCGAAAAUCAUCAAGACAAAUUCUUGCAAAAUACCUAAAGGACUUGGUCUGAUCUUUAAGGAUAUCUGGCGAAUCGGAGAACUCAAAACAGAGGAGCACCACACUACCAGUGAGUAGUGAACCAUGCUGGUAGGAGUUGGGUGAUCUGUGUGGUUAUUAUUCCUGUCACCAUGCCUGGACAGGAGAAGAAGGGAAAGAACCUGGAGUCAAAACAGGAGUCGAAAGAAUUAGCCAGACUCCUUGGGCUUCUCAAUACACCUGCCAGUAAACAACAGCUUCCGUCCAUAGACGUCAGCGCCCCCUCCAAGUCCAGCCGGUAUGGACAGUUACGAGGCACGGGGAAGAUCAAGUGGCCGCCCUCGCAGCCCUCCUGCCAGGAGCAGUCCACAGAGGCACUGGCUCUGGAGAAGUUCAGUAAGAGAUACCAGAAUGACCGCGUGUUCAGUAAACACCCCAUGCAGGGGUACUUCUCACAGAUCUUCACAGCACUCAUCAAGCACAGGCUCUGCUGUCCAGAGUGGACGGAGCGUGCCCCACCAGAGAACAUCCUUCGAGUGGUGACCUGUCUCAGGAUGCUGAUGAGAGACCCCACAUAUCAGAAAAUGUUCUUUGAUUUAGAUGGAGUCAAGUUGCUGGCCGAACGCCUAGAGGCAGCCACUCACAGUUACUUGACGUUUGGAGAGGGACCGUAUGUUGUCGAUAUUCUGAAAGAGAUGACAAAUAUCUUCCAGAAGUUGUCAGUACAAGAGAAACAAAAGGACUGGUUGGUGGCCUGUCAGGCUCAUAAGUCCCUGGUGUUGUUGCUGUCAGCCAAUGAUGUCAUAGUACUCCACUGUUCCCUCUAUGCCCUCAUCAGCCUCGCACAAAGCCCUGAACCCAGAGCUGUGAUAGCAGAACUCCACUGUGUGGAAACCUUACUGAGAAUUCUGCAGGAGUACGACAACAUGUCCAAGAAUCUUGCAGCGAGACUGUUGCGGUCCCUCUGUGGUGAUAGCCAGGCCAGGGAACAAGUUAAGAUAUAUGAUGGUGUACCGGUACUUCUCAGCUUGUUGCAUUAUGACAGUUUGAACCUAUUGUGGAAUGUGGUGUGGAUCCUGGUACAGUUGUGUGAAGACCCAGACAUGACAAAUGAUAUCAGACUGAUGGGAGGGAUACCACUGCUACUGUCACUCCUACAUGAUCGUAAGUUUGAAACAGACAGGACGGUCCUGACGCAGCUGUCCAGCUCCGCAGGUGCAACACCUGGACAUGGCGGCUUCCAGGUGACCUUCCAAGGGGACGAGUCCGAGGUCAAUGUCAGUGAAAAGGACAAACUGUCGUUAAAAGCAGUUGUCUGCACAGCGCUCACAGAGCUGGUGUUGAACGACACCAACGCGUACCAGAUCGUACAAACUAACGGGGUGUACCUGAUCGGACUUCUCAUCAUGCCGCCAGAAAUAGGAAACCCCGAAAACUACAUUGACCUCCAGAGAACAGCCUUUCGCACACUCAGAUUUCUAUUCAGUAUGGAGCGGAACAGACAGCUUUUCAAAAGGCUGUUUCCUCCUGAUCUGUUUGAGAUGUUUAUUGACAUUGGCCACUACAUACGGGACAUAAACGCCUACAAACAAGUGGUGGACAAACUAAACAGUCUACCAAAAGACCAGAUUGAAGUGAUUCAACAGAGAAUAUUUGACACCAACCAGAAUAAAGAGCCCAACACCUUCAUCAGUACCUACGCUGUGUACGAGCUGCUAGGGUCUGGGGCUUUUGGAAAUGUGUACAAGGUAAAGAAAAAAGACUCCUCAGGGACCUUUCUUGCACUCAAAGAGAUCAACGUUCACAACCCUGCACUGGGAAAGACAGCUAAGGAGAAGGACAAGAGUAUUGGUGACAUUGUUGCAGAAAUCAACAUUAUCCGAGAACAACUCAGACAUCCUAACAUCGUCAGAUACUACAAGACUUUCACAGAGAAUGAUAGACUGUACAUCCUGAUGGAUCUGAUAGAGGGCGCUCCUUUGGGGGAACACUUCAACUCCCUGAAGGAGAAGGGGGAGAGGUUCCCAGAGGACAGGAUAUGGAAUAUCUUCUUACAGAUUGUGCUGGCUUUGAGAUACUUGCACAAGGAGAGAAAGAUCGUCCACAGAGACCUCAAACCUGACAACAUCAUGUUAGGGGAAAACGACAAAGUUACCAUAACUGACUUUGGACUUGCCCGCCAAAAGAGCAGAGAGGAGAGCAAGAUGACUUCAGUUGUAGGAACCAUUCUCUACUCAUGUCCAGAGAUAGUGAAGAGUGAGCCGUACACAGAGAAAGCAGACGUGUGGGCGUCAGGCUGUAUCCUGUAUCAGAUGUGUGCUCUCCAGCCUCCAUUCUACAGCUCCAACAUGCUGUCCCUGGCUACCAAGAUAGUGAAUGCUGAAUACGAACCACUUCCCGAGGAUCUGUACUCACAACAGAUUACAGGUGUUAUAGGCAGCUGUUUGACAUCGGAACCCGAGGAUCGGCCAGACAUCGUACAGGUGGCAGCCCUGAUCUCAGACAAGCUGCUGGUGUACAUGGACCAGCUCAGGAUACACCAGGUCAACAUGGAGAAGAAACUAGAGAGAGAGAGAAAGAGAACACAGAGACAUUUUGUGGAGGCGAACCGGAACAUGCAGAACUACCACCGGCUGUUCCUGGCAUCGCAGGAGCGCUACGACAAGCUGGUCAGUCUGCAGAGCAGCGGGGGGGCGUCCAGCUUCAAGGGGGGCGGGGACAGCGGGAGCGACCUCAGCGACAGCGUGUUCGCGGUGGCGGCGGCUUAUGCCGAGGCCAACAAGAAGGGGGAGAACGGGAGCACAACUCUGGCUGACAGUGAAAAAGACGUGUCCAGUUCAUCAGGUUCUGAUAAUGAGAGCGACUCUGGCACAGCGCCCAAAUCUACGAAGGCCGGUAAGAAGAAAGACUUGAAUUCCUCAGGGUCCUUACAGCUUCCUCAGGCAUCUCCGGGGAAGAAGUUGUCCAAACCCACCCCGCCCACCUCCCCAAGGGUUCCACAUGGGGCCAGGAGGGCCCUACAACUGGAUGGAGCUGACAAGUCAACAUUUAGGAGCAGAUCCAACUCCACGGAGAAGUCUACAACAUCUGGUACAACAGACAAGUCCAGCACUAGCUCUCCUCCACGUGAGAGCACGGACAGAGUUCUGCUUCAACACCAGACUUCAACAUCUUCCACCAGCAGUGAUGGCAAUGGAGAACGUAGGACACAAAGUUCUACCUUGGAGCUGAUGAGAAGAAGACUGUCUUCCAACAAAGGGAGGCCAAACUCAGCGUCAGCGGGUGCGGCCAUGUUGACCAUCUCCCCUCGGAAAGUGCGACAGAUCAAAGACCCGAUCCAGGAGAUGUUACACCAGCUGCACAAGAUUAUCUACAUCUCACAGCUGCCCCCCACCCUUACCCACAAUCCUCGGCGCCGUGUGGUGGAGAAGUUCAUGCGGGCUCUCUUCUCACCUCAGAGCAGCUCCUUCAACCUCAAGAGUGAACUCAAGAAGUUGCUGACUGGAUCCAGAGACCUGAUCGACCUGAACUUUGCACCAUGGACGGCCAGACAGGCUACGGCUGAGGAGGCUGCCAUAGCUGCUGCUGCUGAUAGACCCGCGUUUACCAGUGUUAACAGUGUGGAGGAGGGGAACAUCAGCGAUUUCGGAAUCACGUACGAACAGAUGCAGAACAUCAUUGAGAGCGUGCUGACCGAGAGUGGGUACUACGAUGUUUCCCCGGCAACAAGUAUUCCUAGAAAUCGGAUGCAGCCCCUGGGACCCAUAGAGAGGAACAGAUCCUCAUCCACAUCGUCUUAAAGGAGAUAGACACAGAAGACUUCUCCACUUCUUUGUGAAACUGAUAUUUCUUCAAUGGUGAAACCAUGUAAAAAGUCUCGUGUGUUUUCUGUGAUUCACAUAACGUUACGUGUUUAAAGGGUUUUUACGUACUGUGUGCUGUGCACGGAUUGUACAUAUUUGAAAAUGUAUAAACUUUAAGGUAUAGGACUUCUCAUUGCUGUGUAUAAGUCUUACGUUUUUGAUGGUUGCUGUGAAUGAGCAAAUCCUAAUGUUUGACAGUCAUACUGUAUGUACAUUGUAACAUACUGAAAAGUGUACUAGUGUACUACCGGUACAACACAAACCGUCCUGCAUUGGUAAAGAAUAAACAAAUUGUACAUGUAACCAUUAUGUUUUCAGUGUAGUUUGUUUUUGGAAUAAACUACAUAGUCUGAAUAGCUUUUGAAAAUGACUAUAAAGUUGUUGAGAAGUUAUACAACACAAUCACACACACACAUGCUCACAAACAUACAUUGUACAGACACACACACACACACACAGAUAGAUACUAUUAACUUUAACAUGAUUGUAUAUACAUUAUAAAAUGCCAUGUAUAUGUGUCUAUUGUACAAAUAUCUUUUAAAGUUUUCAAGUGAACUUAGGAAGAAAAAUGAAUUGAUUUAAAAAGUAAUGGAAACUUACAUUCCAUUCCAUGGCUAGUAACAUUGUUACAUCCAUUUCGGUAAACAAAACAAAGUGCCUGAUGUCGAUCAAAUUAUUACAAAAAUCUAUACGGUCUUGAAAUUAGGCAAUAAGGCAUUAAAUCAUUCAAAUGCUAUGGAGAAAAGUGAAAAGUAUCUUAAUCCAUAUGUUUGGACAUUUUGUACUUAAUUGAAAUGAAAGUGUUCAGAAAUGGUUGAGUCACAACAUCAUGCAUAUGCUGUUUCGAAAAUAAUAUCAGAUAUACAACUUCUCAGUUGACCAUGGGAUGCUCACGCCUAGAGUAAGCUUUUAGUUUUAAAGUAGAAUUUUAGCCUAUACCUGGGUACCUGUAUAGCAGUAUUUCGUUAUGGCACAUUUCCUAUUUUUGUGUAGAACUUUUAUUUUGAACGUUGUUUGGUAUUUCCUACCAUAUUUGUACGAUAUUUUAAUGUAAAAAAUGUGUGUAUAUUUUUUCCUGUGGUGGAGUAGCCAUGUGAGCAACAUUCAGUGUUUUGAUUUGUAAAUCACAAGGAAAUGGGUGUGGGUUUCUUCAAUGCACUGGUGGUAAUAUUUGCUUUGGAUUUGGCAAGCAUAUAAGAUGGUUCUAGUUAAUCAAUUGUGUUACGCAAUUUUGUUAAACAUGUAUGUGGUCAUUUGCAUAUCAGUAUUAUUGGGAGAAUGAAAUUUUGUGAGUAAAAAAAAGUGAGUAAGGGGAAAUAUGGCAUACAGAAUACAAUAUAUAAAAGUUGUAUUCUCUUACAUGAUAUUAUACAUUUUUAAAAAUUGGGGGAUAUGUCCUUACAGUAUGAGUGAAUGUAGAAGUCUAAUUUGAAUGAACAACUGUGAUUGCAAAUUACACGGUUGCAUUUUGAAAAGAUUUGACUACAUUGUACUUGAUAUUCCAUUUGUGUAUAUACAUUUGUAGUAGGUGAUAGUAAUAUUGUUGCAUACUUAUAUUUGAUGUGUCCGGUUGUUGAAAUUCAUUUUGUGAUUGCACACCUCGAUGCAAUUUCUUCUGUUUUUAUUAAUGAUGAAGUUCAACAUGAAAUUCAUCACUAUGUGUAUUAAUGGUAAUAUGUAUACUAUGUUACCAAACACACAAGUGCUUCUUGUUGUUAAUAUUUUGAUGAAUCCGUCCAUAUCUUUGUUUCUCACAAUACACAAUGUAACAUUAAAUGCCUCCUCUUGAUGGCAAAGUGAUAA